UUUUUUUUUUUAAUAAAGAAAAUGUCUUCAGGUGUGAAGGAGAAAGUAAAUGUCCAGGAAGAAAUUCUGGAACAGUCUGGCCCAGUAUUUAAUCCUCCUCUUUACCUACAAAGAUAUACAGCUGUCAGAGAUAUUUUGUAUAAAGUACCUGGUAUAGAAAAAGUAGUUGAUUUUGGUUGUGCCGAAGGUAAUUUUAUAAAAUAUUUGAUGAAAUUACCAUUUGUAACUGAAAUAGCUUGUGUUGAUGUAAAUGAACCAUGUCUGGAACAAGCAGCUUAUCGUUCAAAGCCUAAAGCCUGGGAUUUUAUAUUCAAGAGACAUGAAGCCUUAACAGUUAAGUUAUUUAAAGGCAGUGUAGCUGAGAAAGACUGUAGAUUUCAAGGUUUCAAUGCAGUGACAUGCAUUGAAUUAAUUGAACAUUUAGAAGCUGAUGAUUUGUUACCUCUAGUAUCUAAUAUAUUUGGAUAUAUUCAACCUAAAAUUGCAAUUUUUACCACUCCUAAUUGUGAAUUCAAUGUCUUGUUCCCAUCACUGACUGGCUUUCGCCACUGGGAUCACAAAUUUGAAUGGUCUAGAACAGAAUUCAAGCAAUGGUGUGAAGAUAUAACAGAUAAAUACCCAGAUUAUACAGUAGACAUUCAAGGCAUUGGUGAACCACCUUCUGAGUCAAGAAAUUUAGGCUGCUGUUCACAGUUGGCUAUUUUUAAAAUGAAGUGUCCUUUGAAUGAGAAAAUUAUUCCUACAAAUGAUAAUGCAGAAGAGAAAUAUAUAUUGAUAGAUGAAAACAAAUUUCCUGGAAGAGUAAAUGAAAAUUUAAGGAAAGAAUAGUUAUACAUAAACUGAAUUGUAUAUGUAAAAAUGUACGUGCAUUUUUAAAUAAAAAAACUGUUUGUAUAAUUUUGUACAUAAUAAAAACUUGUUUUAAGAAAUAUGAAAAA